UUCCCAGCAUCAGGGCUCCACGACGCCCGAGUCGCUGGUUGGCAACGCUUCGUCUGCUCCCAUCAGCCUCGUCAGCGGCGUCUACACAGCAUCCGUCCCGGAUAAGGACCACAUCAGGGAGUCUGGGAUUUUAAACCUCCCGCAGCCGGGUGACGAGGUGGUGGCAGACAAGAGCGUGGAGAUCAGAGACCUCUGGCACACACGACACUGGCCACUUGAAGAUCCACGUGGAGAGGGCUGUGGACGGUCAACCAGCUGUGGACGGUCUGCGCUCUGCUGGCGAACCUUCGAGGGCCGCUGGCUUAAUGCUGUGUGCAGCUACACACACCUCAGCUCAGCUCAGCUCAGCUCAGACCUACCGGUAUCAGCGUGUCUCAGCCGACAAAUAGCAAGAAAUGUCAGCACAGAAAUGCCAGAAAUGUACAGUUUCCUCACCCCUCUGCUCUCUGACCGGGAAGCGCUGACGACUGUUGCUCUUUGUACAAAUGUUUGUGUUUAUGUGGCGUGUUAAUAUCCGCGGAUCAACCCAGCUGCCAGUUUAUUGGGUCGGCCUAACUGAAAUUUACAGUCUGAUCCAGCAGUCCUGCACUAAAUCCUCCUUCAGGAAGGUUCUAACGUUCGGUUCUGGUGAAUCUGUUCUUGGGAGGUGGAGAUUCAAUUUCAGAGCUGCAACGAUUAGUCAAUUAAUCGAUCAGUUGAUCGGCAGCUAUUGUGAUAAUCGUUUCAUGAUUUUGUGAAAAAUUCUGUACAUCCUCAGGUUCCAGCUUCUCCAGUGUGAGGAUCUGCUGCUUUUCUCUGAUUCCUGUCAUAGUAAACUGAACAUCUUCGGGUUCCGGACCACUGUUCGGACGAAACGAGACAUUUAAGGACGUCGCCUUGGAUUGGGUUGAAUAUGCAAACGUGCACAGACUAAAUCCAAGUGUUCUGAGGCUGGUUCAGUGUUAGACGAGUGCAUUUUUCCUCCUGUCCUCCCGGGGGCGACGUGGAGCCCCCUGUCCCUCACCGGACUCAACCCAAGUCGAGGAAGAGACGUGACCGUUUGGGAGGCAAAACAAACUUCUCCUGAAACAGAACCAGAGUUAGCUACCGCAGCAUGGAGACCAAAGCCCCUGUUUUACUGAAUGCGGUUCCUCCUUACGGACAUGUCAUUGCCAGCGAGAGAUGGAGAAACUCGUCCCUCAUCCAAAGCUUGAAGGGUGGAGGGGUGAAAACCCUCUUUGAGAAUGAGCUCGGUGUGGUAGAUUUCCACCUUCCCAACAAAAGCUGCAUCCUGUAUGUGUCUGAGUGCGACAUCGUAGCAGGGAACGGCCACAAGAGGAAACUGGUUCGCUACAGAAAUGCCAGCAGCAGUUUCCAGAAGCUGGUGUUGGUGGAGAACACCAGACUGAGCGAGCAGUACUUCUCCGCUGUGCAGAAGUUUGUGGUGUUUGACCUCGGCCUGACUCUGCUGCCGGUCAGCGGGCUGACCGAGGCCUCACAGCUCAUCACUCAAAUCGUCCACAGGGACAGCAGAGACAACCCCUUCAGGAGGACAAGUUCCUCUCGUCUGUUGGACCCAGCGGUUCUGGCUCUGGUCCAGCAGGUCCCCGGGGUGGGCAGGGUCAAAGCCCUGGCCCUGCUGCAGCACUUCUCCAGCAUCCAGCAGCUCUGCAACGCCGCCCCCGCCGAGCUGGAGUCCAUCGUGGGUCAGGCAGCGGCUCAGCAGAUCCACAGCUUCUUCCACAGACCCACUGCUGCUGGAACAUGACGGCGGUCGGCAGGCCUCGGCUCUGGGUCUUUGCUUUACCAGGAAGGUUUGGAUUUAAUGGUUCUAGUUUCCUUUUUCCGUUUGCUACUGAAACUUUCUCCCUGGUCGCCAUUUUCCGUAGCAAAGGAUGUGAGGAGCUUGUUUGGCGUCACGCUGUUUUCAUUGGUUGGAGGACCAGCACACAGAAGCUUUUGCAAAGACACUUCAGCUCCCAUGGAC